GUGCUUGGAUGUUGCCAUCUUAGUGACCUCGUUACCAGCGUACCGCUCUCUGUUCACUCCCAACACCUCAUACAUCAGCUUAAGUACUUGAUGUGUCAUUAUGACGUUGCGUUAUUCCCCUCAGCCGUGGUUGCCCUCGCACUGUUGUCGAUCGAUUUAGAAAGUUUGACGCAAGAUGCUGCAAAAUGGACCUGUAUCUCAGGACAGUUGCAAGUCAUGUCAAAGAUCACGACCGAUGAGUUAAUGAAAUGUCGUCACAAAAUCAUGGAAAUACUCAGUGAUGACGUUUACGAUGAUCGUGAUGAUAUUUCUGAUGUUGGAAAUGAUGAAAAAGAGGACUCAAGCAAGUUGGUCUACCCCCCACAGCACACUUUGCAUCAUGACUACACCCACCAUAAUGAUGUGGUGAUGGAGGACACAGCUAGUGAUGGUUACGAUACAGAUAACACGCUCACUGCAUCCGAGGGAGAAGGAGACGAAAAUCAAGAUCUUUCAAAACCUCCAACUUAUGCAGAGAUUGUGAAAUCAGGAAAAACGAAAUUGGAAGAAGCUUGCGGCAAUUUACCAUGCAAGGUUGAAGAGUUCACACCCCCUGUUAAUAAAAGAUGUGGAAUGCAAGCAUCUUGCUAUUUCAGGCCUUCAUCCAUGCUUGAUGUUGAUUGCAUGCGUUACCCUGGCGAAGGAUUCAAGCUGCAAACUGCCAAAUAACACGAGAUGAAAUCCAGUUUUAUUUUUAGAAAUGUAAAUAAUAAUUUUGUAGUCGUAAAAAAAUUUUCUUACCCCAUAUGUCUAUGAAACUUUUCUGCAUAAUGCUGAUUACACAGAGGUACUGUGUGGUGGCAUUACAGUAUUCUAUCCUCUUCUUACUGUGACACCAGCUAUGAUAUGCUGGUGGUACAAGAACCUUAUUUCCUUUGCUUUAUUCUCAGUUAGGGAAUGCAGUUUUUUCUUUCUUUUAAUAAUAAUAAUAUAUACUUAGAAAAUGUUUAUUUUUUUUAACACAAUAGUUUUAAAUCUUUUUGUUCAGCGCGUGUGUUAUAUGCGAAGCAUGGUGAGAUAAAUGUUCGGUGUUAGGUGUUCAGCUUCUAAAUUUCCCAUGUUAACAGCUAUAUUGUCGCAUACAAAUAGUCGCUUUUAUUUUCUUUAUGUUCUUAUGUAAAUAUCUCCUCCCGUAGCAAGCUUGUACGUUGAUUGUUUUAUUGGUUAAUAUUUUCUUUUUAAAAGUUAGUUUCUUUAUCGCUCGAAACGAGUUCACGUUUUCUGUUUGUUUUCGCUUUGGUUGUUGUUUUCUGGCCGCUUUAAUUCUAAUUACCAAGGGUGGCUGGACAACCGUUCUUAAUAACUUAGUAGCUCUAUUAACAAUGCUAUUGUAGUGGUGCCGCAUUAACCCUCGCAGCUUCAACACGUAACGCAAGACAUGACAUGACGCUUUGCACACGAACCACCUGCGUGCAGGUGCGCCCUCUACUGGUGGAAUAUACCCAAGUUGAAAAUGAUAUUUGCGUAGCCGGCAGUUUGUUGCCAUGGCAACCACCUGUAGUCCAGCAAGCGUAUGUCAGUUAAAAUCUUGUCGCUCAAUAAUUAUAUCCAAGAAAACCUUGCUACUACUCCCUAACAUGCUCCCUUGACUAAAUACCCUUGUACAGAAUUCAAAUCAGUAUUACUUUUUCGGCCCUCUUAUAUUCUCCCAAUUCAAAUUAGACAUAUUACCAUUACUUGCGACCAUGUCCAGUGUAUAUACUUGUACAGUGAACAGAUGACUUUAUAUUCUUAUAUUUCUUUUUCUUGCGGCGUUUUCAGUGGUCACUUUACCGCAUUCCACAUGGCUGUGUCGCCCACAUUUCAAUGGCAAGGUCCUUUGCCUAAAAAUCUUCUAACAGCCGUUGAGUUUUGCGACGUGAUGCGUAUUUUAUUCCACUGCAAUUUCGCUAAUUCAAUAAACUCAACUCAACUGUGAAAAA